UUGGAAAACCGGCUUAGAUCAGUGAGCGACCGGUGCGGAGUGGUAGAAAACACGCGAGCAGGUGGACAGCCAGACGGUCGGACGGACCAAAGACGACAUGUUUAGUGCUUGAUUUCGGACUAAAGGUGCGAAAUGGCAGGCGUGUUCGACAUCGAGCUGCACGACGCCGACAACGUGAACGACGACUCGGACGACGAUGCCAUCGAGAUCGAAGAGGAUGUGGACCCAAAUUUCAACCCGAACUUCAAUGGACUGAUUAAUGGGGAUGAUGUGGAGACUGUCCAGCUGUCCGAAACGACAGUCAACCCUGGUAGUGAAAAAGCAGGGCCCCAAGACUUUGAGCUUCGGAAGGUAUUGGGCAAAGGCGGAUAUGGAAAAGUUUUCCAGGUUCGAAAAGUAACUGGUCAAGACAAGGACACCAUUUUUGCCAUGAAAGUGUUGAGAAAAGCCUCGAUUAUGAGGAAUCAAAAAGACACUGCCCACACAAAGGCUGAGAGAAAUAUCCUGGAAGCAGUAAAGCACCCAUUCAUCGUGGACCUAAUAUAUGCCUUCCAAACUGGAGGAAAACUGUACUUGAUUCUUGAAUAUUUGAGCGGCGGUGAAUUAUUCAUGCACCUUGAAAGAGAGGGCAUCUUUCUUGAGGACACGGCUUGCUUCUACUUGUCUGAGAUAAUCCUGGCCUUGGAGCAUCUACACAUCCAAGGCAUUAUUUACAGAGAUCUCAAGCCUGAAAAUAUUUUGCUUGAUGCGCAUGGACAUGUAAAACUCACCGACUUUGGAUUGUGCAAGGAGCAAAUCCAAGAGGGAAUUGUGACUCACACGUUUUGCGGUACCAUCGAAUACAUGGCACCAGAAAUCUUGACUAGAUCUGGCCAUGGAAAAGCAGUCGACUGGUGGUCUUUAGGAGCUCUUAUGUUUGAUAUGCUCACUGGUGCUCCGCCUUUCACUGCUGAAAAUCGAAAGAAGACAAUUGAAAAGAUUUUGCGAGGCAAGUUGUUGCUGCCUCCUUACCUCACACCAGAUGCCAGAGACCUCAUCAGGAAACUGCUGAAGAGGCAAGUGUCUCAGAGACUUGGGGCCGCUCCCUCCGACGCAGACGCAAUCAAAAAGAGUAAUUUCUUCAAACAUAUCUGCUGGCCAGAUGUGCUCGCCAGGAAAUAUGACCCACCUUUCAAGCCAACUUUGUCGAGUGAUGAUGACGUGUCCCAAUUUGACACAAAAUUCACCAAGCAAACUCCAAUCGACUCGCCCGACGAGUCUACGCUCAGCGAGAGUGCCAACCUCGUGUUCCAGGGUUUCACUUAUGUGGCUCCGUCGGUGCUGGAGGAAAUGUACAAGCCGCAGGUGGUAAAAGCCCGCUCGCCGCGCAAGGGGAUGCGCAUGCCUUUCAGCCCGCGACACCCCCACCUGCUGCACCACCAGGCCAUGUCUCCCGGCGGCUUCUUCGAGCAACGUUCACUAGGCCAUCCCGUGCCCACUACCAGUGCCAGCGCCCAACAAGAGGAAAUGAUGGAUAUUCCUCAAGUAUAGCGGUGGCUCAACCUAGAGGAGUAACGAAUUGAUAGUUGGUUGACUGAUUGGUCGGCAACCCUACGUUGUAGGGGAGUGUGCUCAGUCUCGAGGCUAGUCAGUCAGUCCGUCGGCCAAGGACUAAAGACGCCGGCUCAAUUUUUGAUACUUUGGUGUGCGUGUUCUGUUUUGUUUAAAUUAAGUGCCUACACAGCGAGAAGAUCGGGUCGCUUCCCUUGAUUGAGAUCGUUUGCAAAUAUUCACUCAACAAGUGCGAGACAUACAUUGUUUUUGCGUGUCCUUUUUUUGUCUUAUUCCAAAACAAAGUUGAAAAGACGAAAUUUCGAUCUGGAUGUGGGAGAACGAGUUGUUCAAUUUUAUAACGUCGAGGCCGUUUCGAACUCUGUGUCAUUUUAGAUGUGCAACAGACGUAACUCUUAUCUUAAGAACGGUCUCAAAGAGAGUAAUUGUACAUGCCACAACUUAUUGAAAACAAUACCUUUAGACAAAAAAAAAACACUCAGGAUGGCGAUUUCCCCCCUAUCUUUUUCUUAAUGGUGUCAUACCCUCUGUUUACAAAUACAUGACUUGAGAGAGUGAGAUAAGAUUAAAUAACGUUUCUUCGAAUUUUGUAUUUGAACACAUCUCUCACGGUCAAUCCACUCGGCUAAAAUUGUGAAAGCGUCUUAUUAUAUGUGUUAUAAUGCCUCAUCAUGUGAGUUUUCUUAAGUUUGUGUGGAAGACAGUUUGUUAUAAUUAAAUUUAUUAGCAAUUAGGAGCUCUACGUUUUAACCUGGCCCACAAUUAUCAUCUGGUCACGAUUUUUAUACGAUGUAACCCGGGAAUUAAAGGAAAUGGGAUGAAAAAAUUAUUUGAUGAUAUGUUCAGCUAAAAAUUGUGAAAAUAAGUGGCGUUGGAAUUUUUGGAACGAACCGCCGCAUUGUCCAUUAAGCGUUGGACAAAAAGAGUGGCCAUCUUAUGACGUCAUCAGUGUCAUGGCCGCUGAUAUUUCUGUUGUUCGAAGCACGGACAAUCAAAGAAAAUCUAAAGAAUUGACGCACCAAUAAAGUCAUAAAAUGGCCAACUCUAAAAAUUCCAACGGCACCCUGAUAUUUUAGAAUUUAUAGCUUCAAAUUGAAAAUUAUUUAUUUUUUGUCAUGUCCUUUAAAUCCAGCCAAAGACCUUACCUUUGCAAUUUGUCGCUCAAAUUUGUUCAAAACGACGGUCUUUGAGUUGGAGUGGUUUAUUUAUUAUUUCUGAAUCAAUUAAUUUUGUACAAAGGAGAUUACACCUUAGUAAUUGCCCAUUGUCAUGCACCACCCUCUGUAUUGCUUUUUAACCAAACCUCCGAACCAAUGAUUGAUUAGUUAAGUGACUGGAAUGCGAUAAUUUAUUUGUAUUGCAAUAAUAUCAACCAUGAUUCAUAUACUUUGUAAAGCUGCGUAAGCCUAGAAAUUAAAACGCCCAGCCAGAUAUUUGUACAUAAAUACGCACAUUUUAACAUGGUUGCCUGAAGUCUUGCAUGCGAACCGAGAAUGAAUCGCCAUUAUUAUUUAUUGGUUGGUUGGGUUCGGUUUAGUUCAUCAGAGUCUUCCGCCCAGCUACUGCUUUCGAGUGAAGCCGAGUUGAUUAUUUAGUUCUAUUGUCAGUAACAGAAAUAAACACAGCAGACUUCAUUUGUCGAUUUUAAUAAAUUUUGGAAGAAAAUAAAACGCCUGUCGAGUAGCUCGCAUGCAAAUAAAUCAACACGAUAUUAAGAGGAUUAACCAAUAAAGUUAACUAUUCAAUA